GCCGUUGGAUGCCGAAGGAAUGGUCAGCACCAACCUACCUCUCUCUGAGGUAGUUUCAAGAACUUUAGAGGAACCAGAUCCAAGCAGACAUGCCGCAAAGCUCCACUACCACUGCUGCCGUGCUGCGCCUCUCUCUCGACGGUGGAAGGUUAGGAAUUGAGCUCACGGCAAGCUCCGGGAGCAGCUGAGAAUCCCCACCCGCGUAGCGGCAUUCCGCGUUCGCAGGCUGCGGACGGCGGUUUCAGGCUUCUUCAUGCUGGAGAUGCUCCCUUCGCGUCGCUCUCGCCGGCAGCGGCGCGGCGGCGGGUAGGUGUGGAAGCAGGGCGCCGUGGUGGGAGAGUCUUGUGGUGCUGGUGUUUCUCGAGUGCUGUUCUUGCCUCCUGUUCCUGGCGGCAAUGGCGCCGGGCCUGGGGCUGGCCUACCCGUGGGGGAGGGAUGUCCGGCGGGGAACGCCGGUGGUGGUGACCAUGGAGAACCCCAACUACUCGGUGGUGGAGAUCGACGAGCCCGAGGCGGAGGCGCUCCGGGCCGGCCUGCCGCCCAUGGACAAGGACCGGGGCCGGAGCGCCAAGCAGUUCACCUGGGUGCUGCUCCUUCGCGCCCACCGCGCCGCCGGCUGUCUCACCUCGCUCGUCGCCAUCGCCUGGGCGCUGCCGUCGGCCGUCGCGAAGCGGUUCCGGCGGGCCGCCGCCGCCACCGCCACCGAGGGCCCCGGGCACGGGCGGGGCUGGCUGCUCUACAUGUUCAUCAAGGGGUUCUUGGCGCUCUCCUUGCUCGCGCUCGCCGUGGAGUUCACCGCCUACUGGAAGGGGUGGCACUUCCGGAGGCCGAAUUUGACUGUGCCUGAAUUGCAUGUGCCGGAGGUGGAGGAGAUUCAGGGGUGGGCGCACUUGGCGUACCUGACCUGGAUGUCAUUCCGAGCAGACUACAUCCGGCGGCCGAUCGAGUUCUUGUCGAAAGCUUGCAUUUUGCUAUUCGUUGUCCAAUCCCUGGACCGGCUCGUCUUGUGCUUGGGUUGCUUCUGGAUUAAGCUCAAGAAGAUCAAGCCGAGGAUUGAAGGGGAUCCGUUCAAGGAGGGUUCAGGGUAUCUGCACCCAAUGGUGCUUGUUCAAAUUCCUAUGUGCAACGAAAAGGAGGUCUACGAGCAAUCAAUUUCAGCGGCCUGCCAGCUAGAUUGGCCAAGGGAUAAGUUUCUAAUACAGGUGCUCGAUGAUUCGAGCGACGAAAGCAUUCAAAUGUUGAUCAAAGCAGAAGUUUCCAAGUGGAGCCAGCUGGGUGUGAAUAUUGUCUAUCGGCAUCGGGUUUUGAGGACCGGGUAUAAAGCUGGGAACCUCAAGUCUGCAAUGAGUUGUGACUACGUCAAGAAUUAUGAAUUUGUUGCCAUUUUUGAUGCGGACUUCCAACCAAGCCCUGAUUUUCUCAAGAAAACAAUCCCACAUUUUGAGGGGAACCCUGAACUUGGACUAGUUCAAGCACGAUGGAGCUUUGUGAACAAGGAUGAGAACUUGUUGACCCGCCUUCAGAAUAUCAAUCUUUGCUUCCACUUUGAAGUGGAACAGCAGGUCAAUGGGGUCUUCUUGAACUUCUUUGGGUUCAAUGGAACUGCCGGAGUUUGGAGGAUUCAAGCUUUGGAAGAAUCAGGAGGCUGGCUUGAGAGGACAACCGUGGAGGAUAUGGACAUUGCUGUUCGGGCGCACCUCAAUGGAUGGAAAUUCAUCUUCCUGAAUGAUGUGAAGGUCUUGUGUGAAGUUCCAGAAUCCUAUGAAGCAUAUCGAAAACAGCAACACCGGUGGCAUUCUGGCCCAAUGCACCUUUUCCGGUUGUGCCUUCCGGACAUAAUUACUGCCAAGAUCACCUCAUGGAAGAAGGCAAAUUUGAUACUAUUAUUCUUUCUUUUGAGGAAAUUGAUACUUCCUUUCUAUUCUUUCACAUUGUUUUGUGUCAUUCUUCCACUAACCAUGUUCGUUCCCGAGGCCGAGUUGCCUGUGUGGGUCAUUUGUUAUGUGCCGGUCUGCAUGUCCUUUCUUAACAUUCUGCCAUCACCAAGAUCAUUUCCUUUCAUUGUACCAUACCUCCUAUUUGAGAACACCAUGUCUGUGACCAAGUUCAACGCAAUGUUGUCUGGGUUGUUCAAACUUGGAAGCUCCUAUGAAUGGACUGUCACCAAGAAGUCCGGUCGAUCAUCUGAAUUAGACUUUUUCACAGCUACAGAAAAGGAUAAGAAGGGUUUCAUGCUUCCUCAGUUCCAGAAGCAAUUACCUGAAAAAGGUGAACUGAUCGAGAUGAAUUUAAAAAAGGAACAUCAUGAGAAGGCACCACAUGACGCGAGAAAGGCUAACAAGAUCUACAAGAAGGAGCUUGCUCUUUCUCUGCUCCUGCUGACCGCUGCGACUCGGAGCCUCUUGUCUGCUCAAGGGAUUCAUUUCUACUUCCUUCUGUUCCAGGGGGUGUCAUUCCUUGUUGUUGGCCUUGAUCUGAUCGGUGAACAGAUAAGUUGAUUCUCCCAUGCUAUUGUCGAAACAGCAUGGAAAGUACGCAUAUGUUCAUACAUACAGUGAUGUUGAAGAUUAUGGACUUCCUAUUCAUGCUUAGAAUUUUGCUUCAGAAUUGCAACCCUGCUCAAAAGACAAAGGGAAGUGCAAUUGGUUCUGCAGUCUAGUUCAGAUUCGGGGCAGAAACCAGAAAAGCCCAACAGGAAUAAACUGAAGAGUAGAUAGAACUUGUUCAUCUGUACACUGUCAGUAAAAUGUUCCAGCGGUGUUCAUACUAAUAGAGUUCCACUACGGCAAUGUUCUUUGAAUUCAUGAACAGUUAAACACUGAAACAUGUACCACUGUUCAUUUAUAAAUCGUGAUACACGCAAAAUCUCGUUCUGGAGAUAAA